AUGGAGGUCCAGGAGGCAAGCUCUUCCAGCAAGGACUUGGGGGGCAAGAAGGAAGGAAAAUACAUUAAACUCAAAGUCGUUGGACAAGACAACAGUGAGGUUCACUUCAAACUGAAAACGACGACCCAUCUGAAGAAACUCAAAGAGUUGUACUGUCAAAGGCUGGGUGUUACCACCAAUACGCUCAGGUUUCUCUUUGAUGGGCAGAGAAUCGCCGAUAAUCACACCCCCAAAGAACUGGACAUGGAGGAAGAUGAUGUGAUCCAAGUCUACGAGGAACAAGUAGAGGAUCAUGCAAGGAUUUAG